AUGUCGGAUGAAAACAUCGGCUACCUCGUGAAUUUGAGAAACGAUGAAAUCAGCUUUGCUUCAAUAGAUUACAAAAACCUCGACAUCGAUGAUUCCUGCUACUCAUUUAUGAACGGGCAGCAUUAUAUAAUCGGCGGAUAUGAUCAUCCUCGUCUGAUUCUGACCUUGGAAGUUGACAAGUGCGAGUUGACGGAGCAUGAUAUGCUGGGAAUUCAACACGUUGACGGAAUGUGGGGAGCAUGCGCCGUUUACAAUGACAUCACAUAUUUAUGCUUUGACGAAAGCGGUGUUGAUAUGUAUGGGUGUCAGACAUACGAUGGUUACAACCAAAAUCUCAUCGAGGCUCGAACGGAAUAUGCUCACGACUGGUCGACCAUGGCCGUUUACAACGACGAAAUGUGGACAAUUACCAAUGUCGGACAGCUCAACCAGAAUCUAUGGGCUGUCCAGAAAUUUGAUGGUCUUACUUGGACUAAAAUUGGAGAGCUCUCAGAAUCCCAUUCCACUGUCUCCACAAUAACUUCUGGCAAAAUCAUCAACGGAUUCGCAUACACCGGAAAAUACUACUUGGAUAAAGUAAAAAUGGACGAGGAGGACUAUUCGGCGACAAAUCUUGGCAAAGAUCCUGAUGGAUCCUCUUUUGUGCUCUACUAUGCGCCAAUGCUUCUUGUUGAUGGUCCCAUCUGUGCAUUAUAA